AUGUCGGACGCAGAGCAGCCAGCAUCUACGAACGACGUCGAGCCCAAAGCUGAGGAGGCCAACGCGCCCAUCAACAUCAAGGUAGCGACACAAACGGGAGAGGAAGUGUUCUUCAAAAUCAAACGGAACACAAAACUUAGCAAACUCCAAGGGGCGUACGCCGCAAAGGUGGGGAAGGAUGUAAGCAGCAUCCGAUUCUUGUACGACGGCAACAGGAUAAAUGAUGAUGACACUCCCGCCUCACUGGAUAUGGAGGACAAUGAUACAAUCGACGUUAUGGUAGAACAGGUUGGGGGUACAGCUUGA